AUGGUUUCCUCUCUUUCUUUUUCAGUGAGUAUGUUUUUGAACACAUUAACCCCCAAGUUCUAUGUUGCCCUGACAGGCACUUCCUCUUUAAUCUCGGGACUCAUUUUGAUCUUCGAGUGGUGGUACUUCCGCAAGUACGGCACGUCCUUCAUCGAGCAGGUCUCGGUGAGCCACCUGCGCCCUCUGCUGGGCGGCGUGGACAACAGCGCGCCCAGCGCCGCCAGCGCCGCCGCCGGCGACGCCGACUCGAGCCGCCAGAGCGUGUCAGAAUGCAAAGUCUGGCGAAAUCCCUUGAACCUCUUCAGAGGAGCUGAGUAUAAUCGGUAUACUUGGGUAACGGGGAGAGAACCCUUGACCUACUACGAUAUGAAUCUUUCUGCCCAGGACCACCAGACCUUCUUUACAUGUGACACGGAUCAUAUGCGGCCUGCAGAUGCUAUAAUGCAAAAAGCCUGGAGAGAGAGAAACCCACAAGCCCGAAUUUCUGCAGCACAUGAAGCUUUGGAACUGAACGAAUGUGCUACUGCCUAUAUUCUCUUGGCUGAAGAGGAAGCAACAACAAUUGUAGAAGCAGAGAAACUUUUUAAGCAAGCUCUGAAAGCUGGAGAGGGCUGUUACAGGCGUAGCCAGCAACUGCAGCACCAUGGUGCCCAGUAUGAAGCUCAACACAGAAGGGACACCAAUGUGUUAGUUUACAUUAAGAGGAGACUGGCGAUGUGUGCGAGAAAGCUGGGAAGGACCAGGGAAGCAGUGAAAAUGAUGAGAGAUUUGAUGAAGGAGUUUCCUUUGCUCAGCAUGUUCAACAUCCAUGAAAACCUGCUAGAAGCUCUGUUGGAAUUGCAAGCAUAUGCAGAUGUCCAAGCAGUUCUAGCAAAGUAUGAUGAUAUAAGCUUACCAAAAUCAGCAACAAUAUGUUACACAGCUGCAUUGCUCAAAGCCAGAGCUGUCUCUGACAAAUUUUCCCCAGAGGCUGCCUCAAGGCGAGGGCUGAGUACAGCAGAGAUGAAUGCAGUAGAAGCUAUUCACAGAGCAGUAGAAUUUAAUCCACAUGUGCCAAAAUAUCUACUAGAAAUGAAAAGCUUAAUUCUGCCCCCUGAACAUAUUCUGAAGAGAGGGGACAGUGAAGCGAUAGCUUAUGCUUUCUUUCACCUUCAACACUGGAAAAGAGUAGAGGGGGCACUGAAUCUCUUACACUGUACAUGGGAAGGCACUUUCAGAAUGAUCCCCUAUCCACUGGAAAAAGGACAUCUUUUCUACCCUUACCCUAUUUGUACAGAAACUGCAGAUAGAGAGCUACUACCAUCAUUUCAUGAAGUUUCAGUUUACCCCAARAAGGAACUUCCCUUCUUCAUCCUGUUCACUGCGGGGCUAUGUUCCUUCACAGCCAUGCUGGCCCUCCUGACACAUCAGUUCCCAGAGCUUAUGGGGGUCUUCGCGAAGGCUUUUCUCAGCACCCUCUUUGCUCCUUUAAAUUUUGUGAUGGAGAAGGUUGAAAGUAUCCUGCCUUCUAGUCUGUGGCACCAGCUGACGAGGAUCUGAGGGAGCGCGCGCUGCCUGACUGCCAUGACCUCUUCCGUGCCAACGCGCUGGCGACCACAAGAAAGCAUGAUAAAAAAAAAGGGAAGCAGUUCUAAGACUUAAAAACUCUUCAUGGAUUGUCUGUUCUCAUAUAAAAACCGUUUUGUUGUACAAAAUACAUUGAUGUUAGGUUCUAUUAUAUUUUGCCUUCAGAAAAGAAAAAAAAACUUAAAAAUAAACUUUUGU